UGAUUAACUGAGAGGAGCGCUCGAAGAAGACUGGCAGACAGUGCCAUUACAGAUACAGGCAGCCAUUGGCAAUGGCAUCCCCGGCCGCAAUUCAGAGAUCAAUUACACCGGCAGUAGCAGGAACGAUCAUCCCUUCUUCACCUCUUCAAAGGCUCUCUACCUUCAAAGACCGAACUCCUUCAGCUCCCAUUCCUCAUUCCUCUUCUUCCCCCCUCGAUGCCUUCUCUUCUGAUCCCGUCUUCUCCGCCUUACUCUCCCCAGACUUUGAUUCUACCCGAUUCUCCACUCAAGCACUCAGCUCUGGCUCAGCCGCCGCCCGUGCCGAGAAGCUCGAAGAAGGCAUCCGUCUCCUUGAGAAGCAACUCCGCUCCGAGGUCCUUUCCCGCCAUGACGACCUUCUCUCCCAAUUAUCUUCCCUCAAGGACGUUGAAAGCGCUCUCUCCGUCGUUCGAUCCGGAAUUUCUAACCUCCAGUCCUCUGUUCGCCGCGUCCGCCAGGAGAUCUCCGAUCCGUACCGUCAGAUCCGUCUCAAGACCGUCCAGCUCUCCAACAUUCACCAUACCGCUGAGCUCUUGCAGUCCACUGUCAGGGUUCUUCGGUUGUCGAAGAAAUUGAAAGACUUGAUGGCAGUUUCCGCCACCGAGCCUGAGAAAUUGGACCUAUCCAAGGCUGCUCAGUUGCAUCGGGAGAUCCAGAUCUUGUGCGAGGAGAAUUCGCUUGCCGGAAUUGAUGUUGUUGAUGAGGAAAUGAUUUGGCUAGCAGAGACCGGAAACAAGCUGAGAUCCGAGGCAAUGAAGGUCUUGGAGAGGGGGAUGGAAGGGCUUAAUCAGGCUGAAGUGGGGAGCGGUUUGCAGGUUUUCUAUAAUCUUGGAGAAUUGAGGUCUACUGUGGAUGCUUUGAUUACUAAGUAUAAGAAUCAAGGUGUGAAGAGUGUGAAUAUGGCUAUGGAUUUGAAGGCUAUAUCUGCUUCUUCGGGGAACUUUGGGCCUGGAGGGGUACAGAGGACUGGGACCCCUCAGCUUGGUGGAGGAGCAAAGGCAAAGGAAGCGCUUUGGCAAAGGAUGAAUACUUGUAUGGAUCAGAUGCAUUCCAUUAUUGUCGCAAUUUGGCACCUACAGAGGGUUCUGUCCAAGAAACGGGACCCGUUCACGCACGUAUUGCUCCUCGACGAGGUCAUACAGGAUAGUGAUCCAAUGUUAACAGAUCGAGUUUGGGAAACACUUGUGAAAUCAUUUGCUGGUCAAAUGAAGUCUGCAUUUACUGCAUCAAGUUUUGUUAAAGAAAUAUUUACUAUGGGAUACCCAAAGCUGAUCUCGAUGAUUGAGAAUCUUCUUGAAAGAAUUUCACAUGACACUGAUGUCAAAGGGGUUUUACCAGCUAUUAGUUCAGAAGGAAAAGAACAAAUGGUUGCUGCCAUUGACAUAUUCCAGACAGCUUUCUUGGCUCUCUGCUUGGGGCGCUUGUCAGAUCUUGUCAAUAGUGUGUUUCCAGUGUCCACUCGGGGUAGUGUUCCCUCCAAAGAUCAAAUCUCAAGAAUUAUUUUACGCAUCCAGGAGGAGAUUGAAGCAGUUAAGUUGGAUGGGCACUUGACUCUUCUUGUCUUGCAUGAAAUUGGAAAAGUUUUGCACUUGCUAGCAGAAAGAGCUGAGUACCAGAUAUCUGCUGGUCCUGAAGCUCGUCAAGUGACUGGUCCUGCAACUCCAUCACAACUUAAAAACUUCACUCUCUAUCAACAUCUGCAAGAAGUUCAUGCACGCAUUUCAUCCACAAUAAUGGGGCUACCAGCUAUUGCUUCGGAGGUCUUGUCUCCUUCCCUCGGUGUUAUUUAUGGAGUUGCUCAUGAUUCUGUGACAUCCUUAUUCCAAGCUAUGCUUGACCGUCUUGAGGUUUGCAUUUUGCAAAUCCAUGAGCAGAACUUUAGUGUGCAUGGAAUGGAUGCUGCAAUGGACAAUAAUGCAUCAUCUUACAUAGAAGAGUUGCAGAAGUGCGUAGUUCACUUCCGCAGUGAGUUCCUGUCUAGGCUAUUACCUUCCUCUUCAACUAAUGUUAUCAGCACAGGUACAGAGACAAUAUGUACACGUCUACUAAGGAGUAUGGCAUCACGGGUUCUAAUAUUCUUCAUUCGCCAUGCUUCUCUUGUACGGCCUCUUUCAGAGUCAGGCAAGCUUAGGAUGGCAAGGGACAUGGCUGAGCUGGAAUUGGCAGUUGGUCAGAACUUGUUUCCAGUGGAACAGCUUGGUGCACCAUAUCGAGCACUUCGUGCAUUUCGUCCUGUUAUUUUCUUAGAAACAUCUCAACUGGGGGCUUCUCCUCUUCUUCAAGAUUUGCCACCCAGUGUGAUACUCCACCACUUGUAUUCUCGAGGUCCUGAAGAAUUACAGUCACCAAUGCAACGGAACAAACUUACGCCUUUGCAGUAUUCAUUGUGGCUGGAUUCUCAAGGAGAGGAUCAGAUAUGGAAAGGCAUCAAAGCAACACUUGAUGAUUAUGCUGCAAAGGUUAGGGCUAGAGGAGACAAGGAAUUCAGUCCUGUAUAUCCUCUUAUGCUUCGACUAGGAUCAUUACUAACAGAAAAUGCUUUUGUCUACCAAAAAUCUUGAUGGCCAAUGGAGCUCUUGGAACCUUGUGCUUUCUGGAAACCAGACCAACUUUUGGCAGUCCAACUACUGUUUUAGAAAGAUGUUUUGCAGAUAAGAUGGCCAAAUCAGCUUCCAAUUGAACCUUUCAUCUUUUACUGCAAUGUCGCUCUGCAGAGUAGUCAAGAGAUUAGCCAUUUGUCCUGUAUCUUUGUGAUACUUCAUGAUUGGGAUCAACUGAUUUUGUUUCUUCUUGAUUUAGCAAGUAGAUUUGUAAGGUCUAUUGAUCCCCUAUCAAAUGAGGCAUAAUGAAAUCCAUGUCUGAUCAAACUACAAGUCUACGGAGUGGAGAUCUUCCCUCUUUGUUUCCCCUUUUUACCACCCACUUUUUUAUUAUUAUUUCAGUACGGUUUUCUUUUUUGAUACCAUGUCAAACUCUUGGUUGUUAUACAUAAAAUAUAUUCUUUCAACUUUUCUUU